AUGAAGGACGUGGUCAUGAGUUUAGAGGAGAAAGACAUACUAAAGGACAUUUCAUGGGAUGAAAUUGAUAAACUUAAAUAUUACAUUGUCGGUCCUACUAUAUUUCUAGCUGUACGUGCUGCCGUAUAUCCAAGUAACCUCGUGAAAACGCGGCUACAGGUCCAGUCCAAGCACAAACCACUGUAUUCAGGCACAUUUAACGCAUUUGCGACCAUUUUUCAACAAGAAGGUGCGCGUGGAUUGUAUAAAGGAUUUGGGGCUAGUACAGUGAAUGUUAUUACUGGUAAUCUCUAUAUCUCCGUGUAUGAGAAAUCACGCAAGGUGUUUAAGGAUCAUACAACGACGGGUGAGAAAGGAGCUAAUUUUGUAGGAGGAGCUAUUGCGUCCCUCAUUUCACAAACAGUCGUAGUGCCACUGGACAUUGUGUCGCAACGCAUGAUGCUCAGUGGUCAGGGACAGAAUGCACGCAAGACGCGAGAGCGCACUAAAGGUUUUUUUACUGUAACCAAACAGAUUUUACACACUGAAGGUAUUCGAGGGUUUUAUAGAGGAUACGUGCCGUCCAUCGCAACGUACGCACCGUCGUCCUCAAUUUGGUGGGGGUCAUAUGGCCUUCUCGUGCCUGUAUAUUAUGACUUGAUGAAGGAGCGGUCUACCGAUCCAUUCUGGAAACAAGUAAUAGCGCAAGGAAUGAGUGGUGCAAGUGCAGGUAUCAUCACCGGCAUUUUGACAAAUCCUAUGGAUAUUGUACGAACAAAGGCACAGGUAUAUACGCAAUACGGUGCCAUGGAUACUGUCAAGUAUAUUCUAAAGACCAAAGGACCAAUGGGUCUUAUGACAGGUCUUUCUGCACGGCUAUUAGCUAUGGGUCCAUCAGGUAUUCUCAUGGUCACAUCAUAUGAGUUUGUCAAACGCGUAUGUCAAAAACCACACGAUACUGACUGA